AUGAGUGACGGAAUAGUUAAAGUUUUUAACUCAUUUCAAGAUUAUCUUAACAAAGAACAAGAGACACGUGAGGACAUUCGUACCAUAGUUCGAGACAUUGAAAAAGUUAGCAGAAACAUUGUUAUGGUUAUGCAAAACAUACACAAUGAGAUUCCAGAAGAAAACAAAAUUGUUGCGGAAUACUGUGCCGAAGCUAGAAAUCUGUUUGGAGAAAUACGUGUCUAUUAUGAAAAGUUGGCAUUUAUUGUACCAAAAAAUGAAUACUAUCGUUUCCAUGACCACUGGAGAAUGGUUACACAGAAACUGUGUUUUCUUGCCUCUCUUAUCUUAUAUUUAGAAGUCGGAACUCUUGCAACUAUAGAAACUGUAGCUGAAAUCUUGGGAGUAAAGUCCAAGAGAGAAGAAGGAUUUUAUUUGGAUUUGGAAGACUUUUUAAUGGGUUUGCUGCAGAUGUCUUCUGAACUGAGUCGUUUUGCUGUAAACAGUGUUACCAAUGGUAAUUACGAUCGUCCCAUGCAAAUUGCCCAUUUCGUUAACGAAUUAAAUGCAGGUUUUCGACUGUUAAAUUUGAAAAAUGAUGGUUUGAGGAAACGCUUUGACGCCUUGAAAUAUGAUGUAAAGAAAAUUGAAGAAGUCGUUUAUGAUCUCAGUAUUCGAGGUCUCAAACCAGGUUCUUGUGCAUCGCAAGAAUCGCUAGCGGCAAAAAAUGCUGUUCAAGAAGCAAAGUAACUUUUUUUCAGUAUUUUACUAAUUUUUAAAUAUUUUUCUACAACUAUUUAUAAACAAGACUGGCGACAAA